AAGGACGCUACUCUGGAAACACUCGCAUUUACGGUUGCCGUUCAUUUGACGACAGGCCGUCGCCUCUACGGCACGAGCAUCACGUGCGUUGAUGGCGCCGAGAGGAGGGUUCUCCCUGCUGAUUGGAGGAGGCUUGCCGGCUCGUCUUUUCAUUGGUUGCGUAGUGCUUAAGUACACGCCUCCUCUGCCUCAGAACAAUGACUUCGGUCUACUUUAUUGCGGCUUCUUCAGCUUCCCGGCUAAGAGAAACGGAAUUCCGAUCCUGCGUUCCUGUCAGGGAUUGGCGGACGCUUCCCGCUAGUCCCGCCUCUCAUCGGAACACCUCGUCUCCUCCCUUCCUCAUUUUCAUCGCAGUAUCCCACAAGUCCCCUUAGUGAUUGGCUGCGUCCCCAAGCCCCGCUCUAUUCCGAUUGGCUACUUCUCCGUGGGACCCCCUGUCUUGGUUCCGAGUCCCUCUACGUUCAUUUCUUUCUGUUUUUUUUAAGUCCUUUCGUGAUUGGAUAAACCCGUCUUCCUCCUCGCUGUUCAUUGGGUGAAACGUCGGCCCGGAGUGCGUGCGCAACUCGGGUGGCUCUCUCGAUCUCUCUGGCUCGCUCUUUUUCUGGAGCUGCCGCCGUUGCUGCCGCUGUCUAGGUGGGGGGGCGGGGGGGAGGGAGCCGCGAAGCUUUGAGCUUCCUCCCUCUCGUUUCUCUUCCCUCACCGUCGCUCAGGCAUUCGGCUGGGCGACCAGGCCGCGUCCCCCCCCAUUGGGGGGGAGGGGGCCCAUUGUUAUGGAGACGGGUUCUGGGGAUCCCCCGUCGCCGCCGCCUCGGCCCAAUGCCUCUCGGUCGGUCCUUCACGUUCUCAAGCGGAAGGCUCCGACUCCUGAGGCCUUCGAAGGGACGACAAACAGCAAGCCAGGUUUGCCUCUGGCCACAGCCAACGAUGCAGCAAUAACCAUGGACCCCGGUGAAGUGCCAACCGCUGCCACCCCGGCAGCACCUUGCAACCCUACAGAGGUGACAUUAACCACGAUGAUUGCAGAGAUGACACUUGUGACCAACAAUGCUGGAAAGGGGGCAGAGCCUGGAGAGGCGAGGUCUGAAACAGUAGCGAUGGAAGCUGGAGAUGGGUUUUCGGCGGAUACGGUGGUCCCCGUGGUCAAUUCGGUGGCUUCUGUCAUCGCUAAGGCUACCGAGAAUGACGGCGGGGUGAUGCCAGCAUCCGUGGCUUUGCCAAGAGACACAGUAGUGAAACCCCUACCGGUUGCACCAGCUUCGCCAACGGUGAUUGUGGUAGCCCCCAGUCCUAUGACCCCACCGGAGAAGACUUCACCAACAUCUCCGGAGGGUUUGAUGCUUCAUGACUUUUCCACUCCUCGGCCACCUCAAGACAUGGGUUCCCAGUCUAGCCUGGGGACUACUGCAUCCAAAGUCCCUCCGGCUUCUGAUACUUUGAGUUAUUUAGAUUCUGUUAGUCUCAUGUCAGGCACGUUGGAGUCGCUGACUGGUCCUGGAUUCCUUGACGAUGCUAGCUCUCUGGGGUCUGAUUCUGAAAUCAAUGGACUUGCCUAUCGUAAGACUGAUAAAUAUGGCUUCCUGGGGGGCAGCCAGUAUUCCAUUACACUGGAAAGCAACAUCCCUGUGGAUGUGGCCAGACAGAGGGAACUUAAGUGGCUGGACAUGUUUUCUCAUUGGGAUAAGUGGCUGUCACGUCGAUUUCAGAAGGUGAAAUUGCGGUGCCGGAAGGGGAUUCCCUCUUCUCUCCGUGCCAAAGCAUGGCAGCUACUCUCAAAUAGCAAGGAACUUUUGGAUCAAAAUCUGGGGAAAUUUGAGGAUUUGGAGCGUCAGCCUGGCGAUCCCAAAUGGCUAGAUGUGAUUGAGAAGGACCUCCACAGGCAAUUCCCUUUCCAUGAGAUGUUUGCAGCUCGGGGAGGCCAUGGGCAGCAGGACCUCUAUCGCAUCCUAAAAGCCUAUACCAUCUACCGGCCAGAAGAAGGUUACUGCCAAGCACAAGCACCCGUAGCUGCAGUUUUGCUGAUGCAUAUGCCCGCGGAGCAAGCUUUCUGGUGCCUGGUGCAAAUCUGUGAAAAAUAUCUUCCUGGAUACUACAGUGCUGGAUUGGAGGCAAUCCAGUUAGACGGGGAGAUCUUCUUUGCGCUUCUCCGACGAGCAUCUCCCAUUGCCUAUCGUCACCUGAAGAGAUACAAGAUCGACCCCAUCUUGUAUAUGACUGAGUGGUUUAUGUGCAUCUUCUCCCGGACCUUGCCUUGGUGUUCCGUGUUACGCGUGUGGGAUAUGUUUUUCUGCGAAGGAGUGAAGAUAAUUUUCCGGGUGGGCUUAGUGCUACUCCGGAAUGCCUUGGGCUCAGUGGACAAAUUGCGGUCUUGUCAAGGCAUGUAUGAGACGAUGGAGAAACUGCGAAAUCUCCCGGUUCAGAUCAUGCAAGAGGAAUACUUGAUCCAUGAGGUGAUCAAUCUUCCAGUUACUGAAGCCCUCAUUGAGCGAGAGAAUACCACCCAGCUAAAGAAAUGGCGGGAAACUCGGGGGGAGCUCCAGUACAAGCCCUCCCGCCGACUCCAUGGCUCACGAGCCAUCCAAGAGGAGCGCUACCGUAUGAACCCUCCCCUGACAGCCAGCGCCAGCCUCCUGAGCCUCACAGGACUAAAGCACAGGGUUGCCCUAGGCAGCAUCAGCGGUCCCUCCUUCUCCCCAGCUCAUUCCAUAAGUACCCUGGCUGAGUCUCCUUCACCUUCCCGGGUCCCUGUUGCUGCCCAGAACCAGGUGGUGGUAUCCGAAGGUCUUCACGCUGCCCUGCCUUCCCCUACCGGGAAUAACACUCCCUUGGGUGGCCCUAAGAAAAGCAGCAUUAGCAAAGCGGAAAAGCGAAAAGAAAAAGAACGGGAGAAGCAAGAGAAGAUAGAGAAGGAGAAGCAGAAGCUGCAGAAGGAGCGGGAUAAGAAGCUGCAGAAAGAGCGGGAGAAGCAGGAAAAGGAGCGGGAGAAGCAGGAGAAGGAGCGGGAGAAGAAGCAGCAGAAAGAACGAACCAAAGAGGAAGCCAAGUUAAAGAAAGAGAAGAAGCUGUCUUUGAGGAAAAAAGAACCCAAAUCGGCCCCUGAAGAUGGAAGAGAUGGAGAAACCUCAGGGGGCUCUGUGCUCCAGGACACUUAUUUUUGAAUAAUACUAAAGGGGUGGGACAGCACAAGGCUGAGCAACUCCCGAGGACCAAAAACAUGGUUGCCUCUAGAGGCAUAAUGUGGUUGAAGGACCCAAAGGAAUAGAGGAGAGGUACGCCAAGGGGAAUCGCAACUGGAAACGGAAAUCCCCCAGACUGAGGGUCAGAGGGGGUUGGAGGAGAAUUACCUGGAGUCCAUGGGGUUACCUCUUUUGUGUGCCUGAGGUGGGCUUGAGUCCCCCAUCCUGCUCUCCUCGACCGUAAGGACCAGAGAGAAAAAGUCCACAAUAGCUGCUGUGCUCUAUGCAUAGAUAUGGAACUUGGAGGCCCCCAUGUGAAUUUCACCACAACCGACAGAUGUAACUACGCAACACGCCUCUGUCCCCUCCAAGCUGGGAGCCUAACCAAGGAAUCAAUUGCAUUCUAUACAAGUACUUUGUACAGAACCGCUUCCCUUUAAAACUGUUUACCGCUCCACAGAUGACAUAAUCUCCCUCCAGAAAGGCAAAGUAUGGACUCUGCCCCCUCCCCGAUAUUAAGAGACUCUUCUGCCAUUGCAAAGUGGAUUAGCCCUUUUAACAUUAUCGCAUAUUUCCCCCUACCCACCCAAUUCUCUUCGACCUGAUGGGCUCCACAGGGCACUUAGGAAACAUCCCAUAUAGAUAGGUACUCUCUCUUCCCCCCCCCUUUUGCAUGGCUUCUUACAGGCUAAACUAGCUGCCUUGUCUCCUGGCCAAAUCGCCUUUCUUUUCAGAACCAUUUGUUGAUAGGCAGACAUGGAACCAGGGUAGCUUCUUCGAGCUUGGACCUUCAAGAAAAGAAAAGCUUGGUCCUGUUGUUUUUUUAAAAUGAUGUGUGUCAAAACUGUGGCAGAAGAUUAAGGAAGCUAGUUCCCAUAUAAGGGAUUCCUAGCAGUCAACAAGGGAAAAAAAAACCCUCAGUUUCUAGAAAAGUUUGCUGCAUUGGUGCAGAAAAGAGAAGUAAUUAGAUUGGGUUCGAAAGAGAGGCUGCAUUUUCUGGUUUUCUGAUUUUGACAUGUAGUCAAAUAGUUUCAGUCAGAACAAAGGGGAAAAAAAGGUCAAUUUCCUUGCCCUUCAGAAAUAGCUUUUGGCAGAAACAUUCCUGAGAAAUCUAGGAGUGUAACCUUUAUCUGACCGCUUGCUAUUUUAUCCAAAAGAGGUAUUUACUUUUGGGGAGAACUUCUGUCCCCUACAAGAGAUUUUGGCAAACUGUGUCUCCCCAAAUGGAUAUAACUGUAAAUUAUUGAAAUGUUUGUUACAUUUAGCUUUUAAUCCUAUCCCUUAAAAACAAAAGAUCCUUCUCUAUUACAGAAUAAAUUCCUUAAGAAUUAGUUUUUAACCUCCACUGAUUACUUAGAUAGUUCCUGGGGUGUACUUUUUGAAGAUAACUGAAAAUGUUUUCCAAUUUUAGCGCUGCUCCCCUGUCUUUUCACAAAACCAACAGGGUUUCUUGAGCAGUGGCUGAUAAAGCUGGUUUAAAACUGGUUUAUAGCUUGUUGAUGUAGAUAUUAACAAAUAUGAUGCAUGCCUGAUUUCCUUGUCCCACAAAAAUGGGCCUUUAAAGCAGUAUUUCUCAACCUUAGCAAAUUUAAGAUGUGGGAACUUCAACUCCCAGGAUUCCCCAGCCAGCAUGGGAAAUGGUUGAGGAAUUUUGGGAGUUGAAGUCCAUACAUCUUAAAGCUGCCAAAUUGGGAAACACUAUUUUAAAGUAAUCGGAAUGUAUUUUGCUCUAAACAUUUUUUUUUUCUGUGGUUCGCUGUGCGGCCACAAUGGAGAUCUGUUUCCUUUUAAGGAACUACGUGCCGAUAACUGCCUUGCAAACCUUUAAUGGUGGAGCAGAAGGCAACUGUCAAAACUCUGGGUUUCUAUUCUAUGCAGUCUAGGAAAAUAAUAUUGGCAGGUCAUAGGGUUGAUAAGUUUAGGAAUGGUGGAAAGAGGUUUGGGGAGUUUGAAACUGGAAGAUAAAUUCUUGCUGCUUUGGAAGUCAGACUGGGCUACAGUAUUAUGAGUCCAUACUGGAUUCGUGAGUUCCCAAUUCUUCCGCAGCAUCUUUUCCUUCUCUUGUGUCAUGUUCUCUGCAGUUGUGAAUAGUUUGAAAAUCAUGAGCCUGUUUCAGAAUCUCACUUCCCCAAAUAUAUCUGUACCAAAUAGCAGUUUCUCUUUGGAUUCACAUCCCUAAUGAAAAUGUUCUAUUAGUCUAUUCUCCUCUUUGUAUAUACUUUUUCUCUCUAACACAUAUAUUAUAUAUAUGUUUCAGUAUUGUAAUUAUGUAUACAGAUUCUUUGGGGGUUUUUCUUUGACCUUGUGCUCUUAUUUAAUGGGACAGACACUGGAAAUUAGGAAUCCAUCAUCUCCCCAUGCCUUAUUGUUAUUUUUAAAGUUUUUUUUUAACCGCUGCCCCUAAUUUGGUCAAGCAGUAAAUUACAAAUAACAACUCUUCGCUGUCCUACUUGUUAAUACUUUUUCUUUGUUUUUUUAAAAUAAUUUGUGCUUCAUUUUUAUUAGAUUUCCUCCUCCCUCCUGCAUUGCUUUGUCUAAAAAUGUUAACAAAACAAAAUGGAGACCAA